GAGCAGCAGAGCCGUGAACGCCGCUGUCGGGAGGCAGCACGCACUCUGUACACGUGAGGCGGAAAGUUUGACAUUUUCACAUCUAGUGUGUCCGUCCGAGCACCGCGCCGGCUCUCCGGGGAGAUGUAUCCACACAGAACCGAAGAAGUUUAAGGCUACUGAGGCGUCAUGAUCAUCUUCAUCUGGAUGUCUUAAUUUCAAGCACAUCUUAACUGCUCCCAAAGUGACCCACGAAAGGCGGAAUUUACCAAGCCAUGUUCCCUGAUGCCCUGGAUGCAGCCGGGCGGGUGGAGGGCCUUCCACUCUCCUCUCCACUACCGCUGCCCGACCUGGAGGAGGAGGAAGAGGCCGAGGCAUCAGCAGAGAGGGGGCCAAAGAGACGAGGCCGCUACCGUAGAAGCCUGCAGCUUCUAAAGCCCUUCAGGAUAACACACAAGCAUCAACACCCUGUUGAUAACGCGGGCCUCUUUUCUUUUAUGACCCUACACUGGCUCUCCCCGCUGGCUCUGAAGGCCUAUAAGCAGUCCAGCUUGUCUUUAGAUGAUGUGUGGGGACUGUCUUGCCACGAAGCAUCAGCAGUCAACUGCAAAAGACUCGAAUCUUUGUGGCGCAAUGAGCUGAAAAGACAUGGACGAGAGGGAGCAUCCCUGACCAGAGUCUUCUGGAGGUUCUGCCAGACCCGGAUGCUUGUGGCUGUCUUCUCUCUCCUCCUCACUAUGGUGGCAGGCUUCGUUGGACCUGCUCUACUGGUUCGAGCACUCCUCGAGUAUUCCCAGAGCACACAGAUGUCUGUGCACUAUGGCCUUUCUCUGGUAGCUGGGAUCUUCCUCAUGGAACUAAUGCGCUCCUGGUCUCUGGCGCUCAUGUGGGCAGUAAACUACCGCACUGCUGCACGCCUGCGGGGGGCAGCCCUCACUUUUGCCUUCCAGAAGAUCCUCCGCCUGCGAAACACUAAAGACAUCACUCCAGGCGAGCUGAUCAACAUCUGCUCCAGUGAUGGCCAGCGGCUGUACGAAGCGGUGUCCGUGGGCUGCCUGCUGGCAGGCGGGCCCUUGGUGGGGAUACUCGGUCUUUCAUACACUGCAUACUUCCUGGGGCCCACAGCUUUACUGGGAUCAGCCAUUUUCAUCUUCUUUUACCCAGUUAUGAUGCUCGCAUCAAGGCUGACGGCGUAUUUCCGCAGGAAGUGCGUGACGGUCACUGACCGGCGUGUGAGGCUCAUGAACGAGAUCCUGGGCUGCAUAAAGUUCAUCAAGAUGUACUGUUGGGAAGACUCGUUCUCCCGGAACGUUCACAAAGUGCGAUCAGAAGAAAGGGGGAUACUUGAAAGAGCUGGGGUCGUCCAGAGUCUCACAGUGGGUGUGGCUCCCAUCGUCGUCGUGAUAGCAAGCGUGUGCACGUUCACCCUCCACAUGGCCUUGGGCUAUGACCUUACUGCUGCUGAGGCUUUUACUGUAGUGGCUGUUUUCAACUCAAUGACUUUUGCCCUAAAAGUCACACCUCUUGCUGUGAGAUCGCUGUCGGAGGGUUCCGUCGCAGUCAAAAGGUUUCAGAGGCUCUUCAUGAUGGAAGACAGAGAGAUGAUUUUAGACAAAACAGAGGAUCCCAGCAACACAGUGGAGUUUCUGGACGCCACUCUGGCUUGGGAGAAGGCGCGUCCCCCUGCUGUAAAGUCAAAUCUGCCUCCCAAGAGGCGUAGUGGGAUACAGCGGGUGCUGCGCAGGGAGAAGCUUAGUUUGUUCAUUCCUACAGACGACAACAAGGGGAAUCAAGAUGGACCCAACGGGCAAAGUCUGCUCACAAACAUGGAACAGGAGAGCCCACAGAGCACCAUCUCCUCCACCCAGAGCAUACGGCCGCCACUGCACAAGACCCUGCACCGCAUUAAUCUGCAAAUCAAAAGGGGGUCCCUGGUUGGAAUUUGUGGAAGUGUUGGAAGUGGGAAGAGCUCACUUCUAUCUGCAUUACUUGGACAGAUGACUCUGGUAGAAGGUAGAGUCGCAGCAUGUGGUGGAUUUGCUUAUGUUUCCCAACAUGCCUGGAUCCUCAACGACUCCCUAAAGGAGAACAUCUUAUUUGGAAAUGAGUUUGACUCAGACAGAUAUGGUGCAGUGCUAGAAGCAUGCUGUCUUCUCCAAGAUCUUGCAGAGCUUCCCUACGGAGAUAUGACUGAGAUUGGAGAAAGAGGUGCCAACCUGAGCGGCGGGCAGUGUCAAAGGGUGAGCCUGGCCCGUGCUCUGUACAGCGAGAGACCCAUACUACUGCUGGAUGACCCCCUCAGCGCAGUCGAUGCGUGUGUGGGUUCACAUAUCUUCAGCAGAGCCAUUCGAGGCGUGGCGAAAGGCAAGACGGUGCUGUUUGUAACCCACCAGCUACAGUAUCUGCCCGAAUGUGAUGAUGUGAUCCUGAUGAAGGACGGGCAAAUUGUUGAACACGGCAGCCAUGCACAGCUAAUGAGCAAAGCGCGUGACUAUGCCACCUUAUUCAACAGCAUGCAACAGGAGAAUGUAGUAAAAGAGAAUUUGAAGAAUAAACGGACGGGGGGAGUUGUGAAAACAGCUGACGGCGCUGCUGAUGUUGCCAAGGUUGAGAUAAAGGUGGAGAGCAGGGACAGAGAGCAACUGAUGAAAGCAGAAGAAAAAGGCUCUGGUGCUGUGGCCUGGUCUGUGUACGCAGCAUACAUUAAAGCAGCAGGAGGUCCAUUAGUCUUUAUCAUCAACAUCGUCUUCUUCCUGUCCACAACUGGCAGCAUAGCUUUUAGUAACUGGUGGCUGAGCUACUGGAUCAGGCAGGGCAGUGGGAACACAUCAUUAAUCUCGGCGAAUGAAACGAUGGAGAGCAACAGCAUGAGGCUCAACCCCCAUAUUCAGUAUUACUCCACUGUUUAUGUCAUUUCCAUGGGAGCCGCGUUAUUUCUGAAAACUGUGAGGGGGUUGGUGUUUGUCAAGUGCACGGUGAAGGCCGCCUCUGCUCUCCACGACAAGCUGUUCCGCAGGCUCCUUCUCAGCCCCAUGCGAUUCUUCGAUACGACGCCUCUGGGUCGCAUCCUGACCCGCUUCUCCAGGGACAUGGAUGAGGUGGACGUGCGUCUGACCAUGCAAGCUGAAAUGCUGCUUCAAAACUUGACUCUGGUGCUGUUUUGCCUGGGGAUGGUGGGGAUGAUCUUCCCCUGGUUCUUGAUCUCAGUCCUGCCCCUGGGUGUCUUCCUGUGUGUCGUCAAUCGUGUCUCCAGGGUUUUCAUCCGCGAGCUGAAGCGCUUGGAGAAUAUCAGCCAGUCACCAUUCACCUCCCAUAUAACCAGCAGUCUGCAGGGACUUUCCACCAUCCAUGCGUAUGGAAGAGAGCACAGCUUCCUCCAAAGAUAUCAGCAACUGCUGGACACCAACCAAGCCACCAACUACCUCUUUAGUUGUGCUAUGCGCUGGCUGGCUGUUCGCCUGGACCUCAUCAGCAUCUCCCUCAUCACCGCUGUGGCACUUUUCAUUGUCUUCAUGCAGAAUCAGAUACCUCCAGCCUACGCAGGCCUGGCCAUCUCAUAUGCAGUUCAGCUGACCGGCCUAUUUCAGUUCACCGUGCGGCUGCUCACCGAAACCGAAGCUCGCUUUACAUCCGUUGAAAGGAUAAAUCACUAUAUAAAGAGCCUUGACAGUGAAGCACCCAGACAGAGUCCUGAGGCAGCCACUCCUGCCCCCUCCUGGCCUCAGCAGGGAAAGAUGAGCUUCCAGGAUGUGAACAUGCGUUAUCGAGAUCAUCUGCCACUGGUGCUUAAGAACCUGUCAUUUACCGUUUUCCCCGAAGAGACCAUCGGCAUCGUAGGCCGUACAGGAUCAGGGAAGUCCUCCCUGGCUGUAGCUCUGUUCAGGCUUGUGGAGCUCAGUGCUGGCUCUAUAGUCAUUGAUGGGAUCGAUAUUGCACAGAUUGGCCUGGAUGACCUGCGGAGCAAGCUGGCCAUCAUUCCCCAGGAGCCCGUACUCUUCAUUGGUACCAUCAGGAGCAACUUAGACCCCUGGGAUCAAUAUUCUGAUUUGCAGAUCUGGGAAGCUCUUGAGAAAACGCACAUUAAAGAAAUGGUCUGCCAGCUGCCUCAUUCCCUUCAUUCAGAGGUGACGGAGAACGGAGAGAACUUCUCGGUGGGAGAACGGCAGCUCCUCUGUGUGGCCAGAGCCCUCCUGAGGAACAGCAAGAUUCUUAUACUGGACGAGGCUACGGCGGCCAUCGACACAGAGACGGAUCGCCUCAUCCAGGAGACCAUUCGCAGUGCGUUUGGCAGCUGCACCACUCUCAUCAUCGCACAUCGUCUCAACACAGUGAUGAGCUGCAGCAGGGUCAUGGUGCUGGACAACGGCCAGAUUCUGGAGUUCGACUCGCCGGCAGCCCUGCUCGCAAAUGAGAACUCUAGAUUUCGAGCCAUGAUAGAGGCGUCAGACAGCAGCCGAAGCAGAUGAAAUAAAAAAAAAACUCUGAAGACGGGAGCCAUGAUUCAUAAAAAAUAUAUAUAAAUAUGCAAAAAAAUCACUCACAUUAAAACAUACAUGCACAUCAGAGAGCCAGGGACUGUGUAUAAACAUUAAACACAUCCAGUAAACAAAUUAAAAUUCAGCUAACUCCUGCUGUUUAUUGCUGUUUAAUAGGUUAUUUCCUAAAGGCCAAAUAAUUAACUCAGACAAUAGCACUUUAUGUUUGAUGUGGUGCUUCCUUUUUCCGUUGGAGGUCAGUUAGUCAGAGCUUUAGUCUCUUGUUGCUCAAUCCUCAGAGUGCAGUAAUCUACUGCUAAAUCAGAGAAUAACAAUAUUUGCUGUUACAGUCUGAUAUUUACAAGGGAUUUGUUUGUUUUUUGUUUAUAACUAAAGAGCGUGUUUCAAAGAAAACAUCUGUUAUUUAUUUUAAGCUUUUUUUUCUGCUCUUUUCGGUUAAAAAAAAACAUUUUAUUUUGUUGCAGACUAAUACAGAAAUUAUUGUUAUCUAGCUUUGAAUUGUUAAUACUUUCAGGUUAUAUGAAGGAAUCAGCCAUGUUUUCAUAUUUUCUAAGACUAUUUCCAAGUACAGUACUGUGAUUUGAAGUGAGCUUAAGCUUCCGAAUGCUGGAGUUUAAAAUCUGCACCUUUUAUAUUCUAUUUUCGGUGGUCUGGAGGCACAGUAUGUCGUUUUAAAAAAUGUGAGGAUUUUAGACGACUGCCUUAUAGUGAAAUACAUGCUGAACAAUCAAGAACAGUGCAAUAAUGCUUUGAUACUUUUUCAAGAUUGCCUUUAUACACUUGAGAUUGUUAUGCUGCAAUAAUUUUGUUAAAUAUCA